AUGACCGCGGGAGUUUAUGGACAUUCUCACCCCGUUAUUUCCGAGACGAUCGUGUCGACUGUGAACAGCAUUGGGAUGAAUCUGGGUGCCACGACCGUCGCCGAAGCACAAUUUGCUAACGCAGUUUGCGGUCGGUUCGCAUCAAUUGAACAAAUUCGCUUCUGCAAUUCUGGUACCGAGGCGAAUCUGUACGCUCUCAGUGUUGCACGACAGGCCACUGGACGGUCCAAGGUUAUUGUUUUUGAGGGCGCAUACCAUGGUGGUGUAUUAACUUUUGUUCAUGGAGUCGCCCCGAACACUGUUGACAGAAAUGACUGGAUCAUCGGCCAGUACAAUGACGUCGAGGGCACCAAAAGACUCAUCGCUGAAAGCAAAGAUAUAGCAGCGGCAGUUCUUCUUGAAGGGAUGCAAGGUGCUGGAGGUUGUAUUCCAGCCACGGCUGAAUUCCUGCACGCUGUCCAAGAUGCGGCGAACGCGAACGGUAUCAUCUUCAUCUUCGACGAAGUGGCAACGUCUCGGCUCGCCCCGGGAGGCCUUCAGUCGGUUGUACUUCAUCCAGAGCGCGGAACUCCCCUGUCGCCGGACCUGACUACCUUGGGAAAAUGGAUUGCGGGUGGAUUGACGAUUGGCGCUUUUGGCGGGCGUCGCGACUUGCUUUCGGUUUAUGACCCGCGCACCUCCAACAUCAGUCACUCGGGGACCUUCAACAACAACACUCUGGCUAUGAACGUCGGAUACAAAUCGAUGACAUCGGUAUAUACGCCAGAGGCAUGUAUCGCGUUGAAUCAAAUGGGCGAUAAACUUCGUGACGGCCUGAAUGCUCUGGCGAAGGGUACGAAGAUGACUGUGACUGGCGUUGGGUCAGUGAUGACCAUACACUUUCUACCUGGAGGAGGAAAGACCAACAUCACGUCGAUCAUAGAUCUGAAGGUUGAACCGGAGAGCGAAGAGGCAAUCCUGCGCGAGCUGGUUUGGUUUUAUAUGAUUGAGCGUGGGUUUUGGAUCGCCCGUCGUGGGAUGUUGAGCCUGAUUCUUGGAACGAGUAACGAAGAGAUUGAGCAGUUCAUUGAUGCUGUACGUGGUUUUCUGAAUGAUUUCAAGGAGUUUGUUAGUUUGCGAUGA